AAUGGGGCCAAACCAAAUCCAGGAGGGCUUUGCAGAAGAACCAGAGGGACAACACAUAUAAUAUAAUGUUUUAUAUAUAUAUAUAUAUAGGUUCUCUAAAUCAUAGAAGAAUUAACAAAAAUACUUUUAAGGUCAAGUCCAACCCAGCACCAAAUGGCACCCCCAGGUGACACAUCUUUGGGGAUCCCCCUCCAAAUGCCACAUUCACCCCAAGAAUUCUGACCCUGAUUUGGAGCCCACACAGAGGUGCCAGGGGAUGGAAGCACUGAAUGACUCAGAGAUGGAAGAUCACCAAGGGUGGGGCUGGGAGCCACCAGCCCAGUGUCCCUGUGGCUCUGGUAGUGCUGGGGAGGGUGGCUGCAGUCCCAAAUCACCCCCCUGUCCCUGGACAGAAUCCCCCACUAAUCCCUUUGGGAUUUUCUGGAAUGCCAGGUGUGCUGCAGCCUCCUGCCUGGGAGAGGUUGUUCCUUUCCUCACCAUUCUUCCUCUCAGUCUGGUGCAAAAGCUGCUCUGACUUUGAUACAGAACCACAGAAAACCUGUCCUGGGUUGGGGGGAUCCUCAGAGAAGGAAGGAACAUUUGGAAAUCUGAAUUACAAAUCCACCAGCAGGGCCUGGUGUAGGAACUCUGCACUGAAUUACAGAAUUAGUGCCACAAAACCACACACACACACACACGAGGGUCAGGGACAGCUCAUGAGGCUGCCCUGUGCUCUCCUCACCACCCCCAGCCACAGGAGCUCUUUGCAUAAUUUUAAUCAAUGAGUGUCACUUCCCAGAGGGAUGUUGCAUAACCCCAGUGGUUUCCUCUGCACUGGCACGGGAUCGAGGUGCUGGCAGUGAUUUUCAUUUCUUCCUGCUGUGGGUUCCUGCCUCGGGGAAGGCAGAGCUUGCUCUGAUCCCUUUGGUGCUGCCCCUCUCCUGACAGGGGUGCCCAGGGCAUCCCUCUGCCUCAGGGUCAGCACUUGGACUUGAUUAUCCUUGUGGAUCCCUUCCAGCUCAAGAAUAUUCUGUGAUUCUCCUCUUACCCCUUAUUUCUCCCUAAGGGAGAGGUUCCUCAGCCUGGGACUGAGCAAAUUUGGGGUCUGCUCUGGCCCCCCACUGUCCCUGCUGCUCCCCCUCAGUCAGGGACGGUGCCUCUGCACAGCCCCAAGGGCUGAGGGGGUUUUAGACUUAAUUCCCUCCUUUUCUUUGGGACACUCAUGCAAAGGCAGUGCCAAAACCAUCAGAUUAUGCCAGAGCAGUGCCAGGUUUGCUCCCCACUGAGCCUCACCCAUUCCAUGUAAGUUUGUCCUGGGGGUGAGGUGGCCACAGCCUGGCUCAGGAGGAAUUUAUGGGAAUCUUUGGAGCCUUUUUGUUUUGGCUGCACCUGCCUCAACUGCCUCAUCCUUCCUUUUUUGUUCUCUUUUCCCUUUUCUCUCCUGAGUGCACAAAAUUUUGGUGGUAUUGAGUAUUCAACCAUAACCAGACAAGACAAAAAGAAGCAGCACCUUUGGCUUUUUACUCCCCUCCCUAACUAACGGGCUUUUUCUCUCUUUAGUUUCUCAAAUUUGCAUUUGUAAAGCCAAAGUUUCUCUUUCCCUGUGUUUCCUGCCCCUCAGAUUUGUGCUCCUCUGCUGCAUUCAAACGUCACCUGCUCACAGAGGUCUUCCAUGGCAGGAGAAAUAAAACCACGAGUCAUUUCUUUACUCUCCCUUUAUAUCAGUUCCUUAUAUCUAAUUCCUUAAACAGAAUUAAAGACAAGCUCCCUGCUCUUGCUGAGCUGCACUUUUGUGCAAUUCACAGUAAUAUCCUCGAUUCCAGUCACAAUGGAAAGUAUUUCAUCAGCAUCCAGUAAGAAGUCCCAUCCGGCCCUCAGCUGAAUGGAGAACCGAAAGUUUGGCCGGUCACUUCUGCAGCAAAGAGGAAAUAUUUUUGCCUUUUCCAUCAGAAAUAGUCUAUUAAUGGUGAGAUUUUCCAUGGUUCCUGCCGGAUGACAAGUCACCCUCUGGAAACUGCAGUGCCCACAGUGCCCUGAUCUCAGCUUCCAGCCUUUUCUGGCUGUGGGAUAUUCCUCACCACGCUCCUGGUCCUUCUUGUCCCCCAGUGCUGCUCUCUGGCCCAUCCUGCCCCUUUUCCCUCUGUUCCAAGCCAAGCUCAGGGCUUGGAAGCUCAAGCUCCAUCCCUGGCUCAGGGCUGCUCCCUCCAUAAUAAAUCCCAGCCCAGGGAUUGGUUUGGAUGGCUCAGGAUCUCAUUCCGGUGGUUGAAUGAGGGCAGAGAGGUGCCAAAAUUCCAGGGCAGAGGUGUGGGGAAAUCUCUGUGGGACAUGUGGGGUUUAGAGGCAGAGAGGGUCACAAAAACAUAAAAAGCUUCCACUGGCUGAGUUUGGGAUUCCUGUGCUCACAGAGGGUGCUCUGAGCCCUAGAGAAACCCCUCGGUGUCUCUGCAGUCAGCAGGGCAGAAAAACAGAGUGAACUCAUGCAGACCUGCAUUAGUUUAGGGCUUUGAGUCCCUUCCUCCUGCCUUUGUGCAUCCAGGGACAUGUGACAAGCAGGAACAUUUACAGCAGGUGAACUUUCCAAGCCUUCCUGAGCUGCCACAGAGGGAGACGAUGCCUUGUGGGUUUUGCCUUUUUCUCUUUUACAUCUUCUCUGCAUUCCUCACACACACACACUUGUAACUCUGUGGCACCCACUGCAUUAGUGGCUGAUUAUCCCAAGAAUUUCCCAUGGCCUCUCCCGAGGCAGAAAGACAAAACAAGAUCCAGAGCUCCAAGGCCCCAGCGCUCUCUCGGUUCUUCCAGGGAACCAAGGCUGAGAACAACUCUUCCAGAUACAUUUCCAUGGAUAAAGUACAGCUAGAGCAGAGGGAGGAACUCCAGAAAAAAGGCUUGACCUGAAGAGAAACUGCAUCACCACUUGUCCUCCUAAUUAGUGGUUUUUAUCAAUUAUGCUAAUUUCCUAAAACCAAUAAAAACGUGCUCACCCCUGGGGUGUGGGCUUUUGUAGACAUCUUUUUAUAACUGCUCCUGAAGGCCUUCAAAUAAAAAUCCACUUUUACAUUACCUCCUUACUAAAAUGAUCUUGAGUUACAUUUCCAGGUUGGAAAAAAAGGCACCAGAGACCCCGGUUAUUGUUAAAUCCAAAGGAUUUAUUUAUUUAUUCAUUUGUAACCCCAUUCCCAGAGUAGCUGAAACUGAAAUAACUGAAAAUUGGGAGAAAGAGCUGGAACAGCUGGACCUGUUCUUCCAGCAGCCCAAGGGCAGAUCAGAACUGGCCAGCUCCUCCUGAAGAACCCCAGGAGAUGAUUUGCAGCCAUCCCCACCUCUGUCCCACAGAUGCUCCCACCAGGCAGGACCCCGAGGCUGGGGAAGCUUUGCUGGACAAGAAGUGGGGCUGGGAGCACAGGCACUGCCAUGGCUCAGCAUUUUGGGCUGCUGGACUUUUCCCUUGAAUCAGUCAGGAAUUAGUCACAGCCAAGGCAGGGUCAGCAGCAAGGCCAAGGGAAGCUGGGGUUUGCAUGGUAACUGCAAAACGCCUGUGGCAGCAUCAGGAAAAGGCUGGGAAAAGCAAAAUAAAUGGAGGAAGGAGUGAUUUUGGCAGCUCACUCUGAAGCAGAGGAGGGGGGGUUUGGGAAUUACCCUCUGGCAUUGCAAAUGCUGCCCUUUCUCAGUCACUCUCCAGUUUCCUGGAGUUUUUAUCUGCAAGGAGCUGAUCCCAGUGGGCACCAGCAGGAUCCUCUCCUUCCUCUGGCUCCUGCUCUUAAUGCUGUCCCUGACAGAGGGGGUUUUGUUUUGGGGGCUAAAUCAGGAGAGAUUAAAUUGGAUUAAAUGAUGCUGCUUGGGAAGGAGUGGGCAAGCAGUUAUUGCAACAACUUGAGUGUUGAGAGGCUGCAGCCAAAACUGAAUCCCUCAGAGAGGUGUAAAUUGAGCCAGGGGACAGAGAGGGUGGCAGGGCAGGCUGCAGCCAAAACUGAAUCCCUCAGAGAGGUGUAAAUUCAACCAGGGGACAGGGAGGGUGGCAGCCAGGCUGCAGCCAAAACUGAAACCCUCAGAGAGGUGUAAAUUCAGCCAGGGGACAGGGAGGGUGGCAGGGCAGGCUGCUGGAUCAGGGCACCAGAGUCCAGGCCCUGCAGGGACUCCGUGUCUCCACAGCCUUUCCAGUAAGGAAAUUGAUGUCUUGAUCAAUCACCAGCAAAAUGGGACAGAUGUGAGACCCACAGCAACUUCCAGCUCAACACAACCUCAUUCCCUCAUGAUUUUUCCUGUCCAAGCAGGAGCUGGUGUUAUCAGUGUGUGUGCAGUGGUUGUGGUCCUCACUUUGGAUCCUCGUGGUGGAGCAGGGUGAGAAGGGGAAUUUGUGGCAAACCCAGGGAGAAGUUGGCAUCUAUCUCCUGGCAGUGUCCAUGCCAGGGCACCUGAGCUGGGCUAUUUCAUCCCCAGGGCUGCUCCACAGCCCUGACACAGUUUGGGAGCACCAGGCACCCAAAGAGCAUCUCCAAAGCCGCAGCCUCGUGGCCGGCGCUUCCCCUUCUGCGGUUUCCUCGCCUUUUCCAGCUCAGCGAAACUGGGUGAUCCUGACAUAAUUUCCCCGGUAUGAUGCCCUCACUUUCUUUCUUUGAAACCCUGCACCCUCCCCUGGGAUGGGGAUAAAAGGAGAGCACGGCCCCAGAGGCCGCAGAGAGAGUCCUGCAGCCUCCCCUGACAGCUCCUCUGACAGAGCCCUCAGCACCAUGAAGGUCCUGGCAGCCACCCUGGUCACUCUGCUCCUCCUGGCCACCUGCUCCCCAUCUGAGGGUCACCUCGAUGGUGUCCCCAGCGCCUGCUGCUUCAGCUACCAGAGGCAGCCCAUCCCUCGGCGCCGCGUCAGCUCCGUCUUCAUCACCAGCAGCUCCUGCACGCAGCGGGGAGUGAUUGUGGUCACCAAGAAGAACAAGCAGGUGUGUGCAGAUCCACGGGCACCAUGGGUGCAGGAGCUCCUGAAGCACUUCCAGAGCCUGGAAAACUGAGCCUUCCCUGCUGACAGCCACGACCCCACCCCUGCACAGCUUCCAGCCCCGGGCACAACUGAGAGGAUUUCACCCCCAGCCUUCCUCAAAGGGGAAAAUUAUUUUAUAUAACUUAUUUAAGUUAAACUAAAUAUUCUUUUUCUAAGCACAGAAGUUAUUUAAACGAUGUCAGAAUAGUAUGCUAAAAUAAAGGUUAUUUCAAUCAUGUCUGUGUGUCUGUUGAUGAAGGGUCAGCUUGGAUGCCUCCUUGCACCAAGGUGGGAGAAGGGACCGCAGGGACCCCUGGGUUUGCUGUUCCUGGGGUCCAGCUCUGGUGCCACCCAGUUUAUCCCCAGAGGUGACACCAGUGUCUCACCUGGGGCUGCCAGUGCUGGCUUUUGUUUGGGGAAUGUCCAGGAAGUACCUGCGGUGCCACAGGA